AGUACAACUCAGUCAGCGCUCGGUCCAGUCUGAACGCUGCUGCCGCUGCAUGGAGAGCCUCAAGGACGAAUCGUGUUGACGGAUGCAAACGGAUAAAAAAAAGAAACCUCGAUCGUCUCCUUUUACGCCUUUUGCUCUGGAUUAUAUUUGCUUUGAGACACACUGUAUCCUGGCUGGAGACCUUGGAUCACAAGAUUGUUUCCCCGACGCCUACUUUUUCCACACCAGGUGUUUUACUGUCUCACCCAAGUGGGAAGUUGUGGCCUUGGUGACCUCGGUUUAUUUGGUCUAACUUCUUCAGCACAAGGAAUAAUUGUCUUACAAAUCAUCCACAGACUCCGAGUGCAGCAAGAGACAGUGGCUUGGCAGUAGCCAGGGAUGGUAGAUAACUCUCCAGUGAGGGAGGAGACUUUUUUAACCUACAGUGGCUCUGUAUCGGCCUACCAGCUGUCCAGCAUGGUGACGGACCUGGGCUCCUACCAGGUGAUGCCGUCACCGUUCUCGGAGGACGACCUGAGCGAGUCGUCCAGCCCUCGUUCCUGCUCCAGCCCGGAUUCCCAGGUGCUCAGCUCCAGCUAUGGCAGCAACUCCAGUGCUGAAAGCCAGGACAGCAUCCUGGACCACCUGCUGUCCCAGGCCUCCUUAGGAGGUGCCAGCAGCUUGACGGCGGGGUCCGUGGCACCUAUACCAAUAUCCACUUUCCUGUGGGACUCACGGAGAGAUGAGCACCCAAAACGUGAAUCUGUAAAGGAGGAAAAUUUUGACUUCCUCACAUGGUCCCACGUGGAGACGGAGGAGCAGCUCGGAGUGUCCUUCCAGCCCACGCUGGAAGAGAUCGAAGAAUUCCUGGAGGAGAACAUGGAGGUGGUGACGAUGAAGCAGGAGAUCCGUGAGGGUUGCCCGGGGUUGGGAGUAGGACGGGAGGAGCCUCUUGGUCUGGAAGUUGGUCUGGAGUGGUGCAGAGAGGCCUCCCCUGAGCCUAAGCCGGAGCCAGACGCCAGGUAUUCAGACCAAACUGUCCCCACUGACAGCACCGCUGGUCUGGCCACCGCUGCCUCCGGUGAGACCAAAAUCACAUCAGUUGACCCCACACAGGAAUCCAGCACCGGGCCCAAGAAUGCAUCAAGUGACAAACCUUCAUCAGAAGACACAAACGGCAGUGGGAUGCCGGUCAUCCUGCAGUUUCAGCCCAUUCAGAUCAAGCAGGAGCCCACAGCAGCGCCGCUCACCCCUGCAGCUCCUCCCCCACAGCCUGCCCCGGCCUCAGAUAUCAAAAUUGCGCAGCUACUGGUCAACAUCCAAGGUCAGACCUUUGCCCUGGUGCCCCACAUCUUGCCCUCCCCCAGCCUUAACGUCUCCUCCAAGUUUGUACGCAUUGCUCCAGUCCCCAUCGCAGCCAAGCCUCUUGGGCUCGGCGACAGCGCCGCCAACCAGGGAUCAGGGAUUCUUGUUGGAGGUCAAAAGUUCCAGAAGAACCCGGUGGCAGAUCUUAUCAAAAUGCACAAAUGCACUUUUCCAGGCUGCACCAAGAUGUACACCAAGAGCAGCCACCUGAAGGCCCACCUGAGGAGGCACACGGGGGAGAAACCUUUUGCCUGCAACUGGCAGGGCUGCGGAUGGAGGUUUUCUCGGUCAGACGAGUUGUCCCGACACAGACGCUCCCACUCGGGGGUGAAGCCCUACCAGUGUCCCGUAUGCGAGAAGAAGUUCGCCCGCAGCGACCACCUGUCAAAACACAUCAAGGUCCACCGCUUCCCCCGAAGCAGCCGGACGGUUCGCUCAGCAAACUGACACUCCCGAUCGCUGGGAUUACUGGGAUCACUGGGAACGCUGGGAUCACCCUCUCAUACAGACAUACAGGCCACGGCAGCGAGGCGUGAGCGUACAGGAAGUGGAAGCACACGUUGCUUUGUGCUUGAGCAGUCUGUGAUUGUUCUAAUUCUAAUCAAAGUGAAAAACAAAUGAUGAAGGUUGUUGUUGCUGCUGGUGCUUUUGGUUCGCUCCUCGUUUGUUCUGGUCUCGUCUCCAGAUCCAUUUGUUUUCAUUCAGUCUGGAUUAUGUGAUACCUGUGCGUGUCCGUUCCACCUGGAUCACAACGACUGCCUUUUAUCUUCCUGAAGCUGCCAGUGUCUUGGACAUUCCUCAUCUUAUGCAAUGUUUAGGAGAUUGACGCUCAUGUGGAUCUCCAUCAGCGACCACCAGAGUAGCACUUCCCCCCGCCGCGUCCACAGACGUUUCUCUCGCGGCUUCGUCCUGGAUUUUUUUGCUGCCUUGUUCCCGCCGUUUAUCCACAGAAACGGCGGGAACCUUUCAACUCGGCGAACUUGCGUGGAUGCGAACUACUGAUUGCAUAUCAAAGUGAAGGGAAACGUCACAAUAAGCUACCUGGACUAAACCAGCUGAGGAAGGAGGACGAAGAGGAGCCGAACCACGGAGCAACACAAGAAAUGCAAAAAAAAAGAAAGAAUAAACACAACUUAACGGUUAAGCGCACAGUGAUUGUUGAAUCAGCCUUCUGAUCAGUGUUAAUGCUCUUUAUUGUCGUUUCAUGAAGCUAAGUCACGUGUACCUGCUUGCUGGUCUUCUGUUUGUACCAUUGUUCGGGCCUUACUGCACCACAUAGUCCUUGCUGGAGAGUCGGUGACUUUUUAUUUCACGUCAUUCAGUGCGUAGCCGUGGAGCUGAACGUCUCCAUCUGCUAUUAUUCGUUAAACUGUUGUUUUGCUGAUGACUUGACACAAAAUCUGCCUCAACUCUGCUUUAUCUGUUACUGGAAACACCCUGACAGCCUUCCACCCCGUCGAGGUGAAGUCAACGGACACACCAUGGUGCUCAGCUGCCUUCUGGGAAAUGUAGUGGCAACAGCAUCUCUUUUGAGGCCAUAAUUAAAGCUCGACUCGCUCUCAAACAUAGUUUUUUUGUUGCUACGACGCCCCGCUGUGAAUAUGUAGGGGCGCGACUCGAGGCCGUCCACGUGUAAUUCAUGUCUGUAGAGUGACGACAAGCCGGGGUACACGACAUUGUACAUCAUUCCUUUCAUUCAAUUUUUGAAUUUGUAAUGCUUGUGUGAACACAGGUGUUUUAUCGCAUCCUAUGAAUGUAUGUAAAUAUGCAGGAGUGGACAUCGCUGCAUCCAGGAAACACACAGAGACUAUUCUGAUACCGUAUCUUAAAACAAAAUCAGUGGUUGUGAAGAUUUCUAGUGGAAACCCUAAAAUGUGUACAUAACGUUUCAGUACAUAUGGAUAUAUUAUAUAUAUAUUUUCUUUGUUCUAUCCGAGAUGCAUUUACAAAUAAAACUGAAAAGCAACACA